AGAAAGUGAACAAAUUGCCUGACUAUACUGCAUCAGCUCCUGGCAUGAUGUGGGUGAAAGACAGGCGUAACCCUUACCUGCAGCGGGGCAUUAAGCUUAAGAACGGCAAGACAAUCGGCGGUGGUAUCAUCGUGGGCCUCGGGAUCAUGGGCGUCACUCUGAUGAUGAUGUCGGUGGCGUUUAUAGCAGUCUCCACCAAGGGAAACGAACCUGGCCAGUACACGACCAGGUUUAGAGUGGUUGGGGGUAGUAUGCUAGGUGGAGGAGUCGUGGUUGUGGGGGCAAGUAUCGCCCUGUACAUGAAGGCUCGCAGAGACUACCUGAAGUUACCUGAUAAUCACCCAGACCGUCUCAAAGAGUGUAUGGUGACUCGCCUCUCCAGCUACAUACUGCAUAUGCUGUAGUACCCCCCCCUCUCUCUCUCUC